AUGCUAGAGAGGACCUUAAAGUGCAUCAUGACUCAUGCCAACCUUACCAUCUUCCACCCUGCAGUUUUUGUCCUACUUGGCAUCCCUGGGUUGGAGGCUUAUCACGUUUGGCUGUCAAUUCCCCUCUGCAUCAUGUAUAUCACUGCAGUCCUGGGGAACAGCAUCCUGAUAAUGGUCAUCAUCACAGAACGCAACCUUCAUGAGCCCAUGUACUUCUUCCUCUCCAUGCUGGCCAUCACGGACAUCCUCCUCUCCACCACUACUGUACCCAAGGCCCUAACCAUCUUUUGGCUCCAUGCCCAUGACAUUGCCUUUGAUGCCUGUGUCACCCAAGUUUUCUUUGUCCACAUGAUAUUUGUGGUGGAAUCAGCCAUCCUAUUAGCCAUGGCCUUUGACCGCUUUGUGGCCAUCUGUGCCCCCUUGCAUUAUACGACAGUGCUAACAUGGCCUAUUGUGGGAAGGAUUGCUCUGGCUAUUGUCACUCGAAGCUUCUGCAUCAUCUUUCCAGUGAUCUUCUUGCUGAAGCGACUGCCCUUCUGCCAGACCAACAUCAUGCCCCAUUCCUACUGCGAGCAUAUUGGAGUGGCCCGCUUAGCCUGUGCUGACAUUACCAUUAACAUCUGAUAUGGGUUCUCAGUGCCCAUUGUCACGGUCAUCUUGGAUGUGAUCCUCAUCGCUGUGUCUUACUCACUGAUCCUCCGAGCAGUCUUUCGUUUGCCCUCUCAGCAUGCCCAGCACAAGGCCCUCAGCACUUGUGGCUCUCACCUCUGUGUCAUCCUCAUGUUUUAUGUUCCAUCCUUCUUUACAUUAUUGACCCACCGCUUUGGACAUAACUUUCCUCAACAUGUCCAUAUCCUGCUGGCCAAUCUUUAUGUGGUGGUGCCACCAAUGCUCAACCCCAUUGUCUAUGGUGUGAAGACAAAACAGAUCCGAGAGGGGGUAGCACACUGGUUUUUUGACAUCAAGGCUUGGUGCUGUGCUUCGUUUCUGAGCUGA